CACUAUUAUAAAAUGACAAAAUAGCUCAUCUCCAGGUGGAAUAUCAGAAGACUGCAAGAGUAUUUCCUUCCUCAUAUCGUUGGUCCACAGCCAGAUAAUCCCUAUUUACCCUGAUAGUUCGAAGAGCUCCAUGUCUCUUUGAUCAAGUCCCAAGGAGAUCAGUUUUCAUUGUCUCAAAGAAAAGUCACAGAGGUGUAGCCAGUGGUAAUUACCUUCAUGGAGACCGAGAGCCAUAACAGUCUUCAGGAGAGACCCACACCCUCCAGCAAUGGGAGGACAUCAGUGGAUGGCGAUAAGUUAAUCAAAGCUGUUAGAGACGAAAACAUCAACCUGGUACAGCAGUUGCUGGAAGGAGGGGCUGAUGUCAACUUCCAGGAUGAGUGGGGCUGGUCACCUCUGCAUAACGCGGUGCAAAGUGACCGGGAGGACAUGGUGGAUCUUCUGCUUUGCUAUGGUGCUGACCCGUGUCUGAAGAAGAAGAAUGAGGCCACUCCCUUCAUCAUUGCUGGGAUUGUGGGAAAUGUGAAUUUGCUCAGACUUUUCCUUUCUAGAGGAGCAGAUGUCAAUGAGUGUGAUGCUAAUGGCUUCACAGCUUUCAUGGAAGCUGCUGUGAAUGGUAGGGUCGAAGCCUUAAAAUUCCUGUAUGAGAAUGGUGCAAAGGUGAAUUUGAGUCGAAGGGCAAAGCAGGAUCAAAAGAGGCUUAGAAAAGGAGGGACUACAGCUCUAAUGGAUGCUGCUGAAAAUGGACAUGUAGAUAUCUUGAAGAUCCUCCUUGAUGAGAUGGGGGCAGAUGUCAAAGCCUGUGACAAUAUGGGCAGAAAUGCUUUGAUCUAUGCAUUUAGGAGCUCUGAUGAUAGAAAUCUGGAGGGCAUCACUCGCCUUCUGCUGGACCAUGGGGCUGAUGUCAAUGUGAGGGGAGAGGAAGGGAAGACACCCCUGAUCCUGGCAGUGGAAAAGAAGCACUUGGGUUUGGUGCAGAUGCUUCUAGAACAAGAAAAUAUAGAGAUUGAUGACACAGACAGGGAGGGCAAAACAGCGCUUCUGUUGGCCGUCCAAUACAGCCUGAAGGACACUGCCCAACUGUUAUGCGAGAAAGGAGCCAGCACGGACUGUGGGGAUCUGGUGAUGAAAGCAAGGCGCAACUAUGACCCUUUCCUGGUAAAGCUGCUUCUCUCUUAUGGAGCCAGAGAAGUUUGCCCCCCUCCUGCUGAAGACUGGAAGCCUCAGAGCUCUCGCUGGGGGAAGGCCUUGGAACAUCUCUGCAGAAUAUACCGCCCUAUGAUCGGCAACCUCAAGAUCUUUAUUGAUGAAGAAUAUAAAAUUGCUGACACUUCUGAAGGGGGCAUCUACCUUGGGUUCUAUGAAGGGCAGGAAGUAGCUGUGAAGCGAUUCUAUGAAGGCAGCACCCGUGGACAACAGGAAGUCUCCUGUCUGCAGAGCAGCCGAGCAAACAGUGACUUGGUGACGUUCUAUGGGAGUGAGAGCCACAAGGGCUGUCUGUAUGUGUGUCUUGCCCUCUGCGAGCGGACACUGGAGGAACACCUGACCACGCACCGUGGGGAGGCUGUGGAAAAUGAGGAAGAUGAGUUUGCUCGAAACGUCCUCUUGUCUGUGUUUAAGGCUGUUGAAGAACUCCAUCUGCGGUGUGGAUACACCCACCAGGAUCUGCACCCCCGGAACAUCUUCAUAGGUGAGUCCCCAGUCUUCUUGUAGAAAUCAUGGGGUCUU